GGCAGCUAUGGUUUUGUUGUUACCUUACGACCGCCGACAAUGUGAGAAAAUACACAACCAAACCGCAAUGAGUGGGACUACGGGUUGAAACGAGACUAGGAGCAAGAAGCAAUCAUGAGCUCCUCUUUUCCCAAAUCCGAAUCUCAGACGUCCUUGCUGAAAUCUUCCUCGGCAAGCGGAAGAUCGACACACUUCCCUGAACGCACGAAAGGAACCAACCGAAGUCAUCAUCAUCACCGUCCAGCUGCAAUUCAAGUGAGCAGCAAUGCCGCAGAGGAGUCAUUCUGUUCGGCAGAGUGCGACGUUAGUGCUCGGAGACCCCUGUGCCACCCCUCGCUACUCGGUACCCGGAAUACGGCAACGACCCGAGCUAGUAAGAACCAGUCUCACGCCCCGCACGGCCACAUACCCGCUGCCAACUCCCAGGAUGACCCAUCUGAGCAACAUGGUGUGGGCCGAGGUGUGAGAGAACGCUGCAAGUUAUCAAAGCAUUACCGACACCACCGGAAAACGACCCGGGACGACCCACCACCUGCACCUGCAAACCACCACAGCCACACUCACCCUACCCACUUAGACCCCAGAAUACAGCCCCACUCUGAUUGCAAAGAUGACACCGCGCUAUUCUUUGAAUCGAGGGACCAUACUAGGGCCAGUUCGUCCGCUAGCGGGAAUGCCAGCAUCCCUUCCCCAGCUUCCUCAUCGCCUAUCCCCGUGUCCAGUCAAUCCUCUCACCACUCCGGAAGGUCCAGUGGUGCAUCCUUUGAAUCCGACAUCAAUUUGCGCCCAAUUCUCAGCUCGGUUUUUGGGCAGGACAGAAAGCUGAGGCCAGAGGAGAUUGAUGAGUUGCGGGAUGCUUUUAAGGAGUUUGAUAAGGACAAAGACGGCUUCAUCAGCUGUAAAGACCUGGGAAACUGUAUGAGAACCAUGGGAUACAUGCCUACUGAAAUGGAGUUGAUAGAACUGAGCCAACAGAUCAACAUGAAUUUGGGAGGUCAUGUUGAUUUUGAGAAUUUUGUGGAGUUGAUGGGCCCCAAACUUCUCGCUGAAACUGCAGAUAUGAUUGGUGUGAAAGAACUAAGAGAUGCCUUCAAAGAGUUUGACACCAAUGGUGAUGGAGCUAUAAGCACCGCUGAGCUGAGAGAAGCCAUGAGGAAGUUGCUGGGACAACAGGUUGGCCACAGGGACUUAGAGGAUAUCCUGAGGGACAUUGACUUGAAUGGUGAUGGGCAUGUUGACUUUGAGGAGUUUGUACGAAUGAUGUUCCGCUGA